AUGCACUUCUGCAGCGGGAGAGAGGUGACUCAGGACUUCGUGCUUAGGGGAGUCCUGCGGGCAGAGCUGAGUUUUGGGGAGACGCUUUGGCAGCUGAAUGGACAGAUAAUAGCCCGGAGUUCGCAGGGAGGUUCACCAGCACAAGGUGCCUACUGCGCGAAGUCCUCAAAGCCGCUGCCUCCUGGCUUUCUUCAAGUUCCUUCCCUCUUGGCCCUGUCCUGCAUGGCUGCUAAGCAUGGAAGCAAACACAAGAAGGAAGGGAAUAGCCAGGGUGGGGGCCCUGAGAAGCCCCCCUCGGGGGAGCCUGUCAGGGCCCAGUGUGAAGAAGGGCUCUUGAAAGACCCGUGCUUGAGGAGAAGCAAGAGAGAGAAGGGGCACAGGGAGCCCCGCAAAGACAGAGGGGAGAAGACUGAAGAGGACGGGCAACCCUCUGGCAGGGGCCGGGAAGCGGACAAGAGUGGCAGGGCCUCUGCCCAGGGAGAAGCUGGGCCUGGGGAAGGCUCCCAGGCUGCCCUGGCUCCUGCCCAGCGAAGGCCGUCCCAGCGGCACCGGGGAGACUCACACCAUGACCCUGCCCACAAGGCUUACUGGCCCCUGCUGAACAGUGUCUUUGGCAAGGAUCGGGAACUGGGACCUGAGGAGCUGGAUGAGCUGCUCGAGGCCUUCAAUGAAUUUGACACUGACAGAGACGGCUAUCUGGGUUACCGCGAGCUGGGGGCCUGCAUGCGGACGCUGGGGUACAUGCCCACAGAGAUGGAACUGAUUGAGAUCUCCCAACAUGUCAAAAUGAGAAUGGGUGGCUGUGUGGACUUUGAAGAAUUUGUGGAGCUGAUGGGGCCGAAGUUGCGAGAGGAAACGGCACACAUGUUGGGCAUCCGGGAACUUCGCAUUGCUUUCCGAGAGUUUGAUGCAGACAGGGAUGGCCGGAUCACUGUGGCCGAGCUGCGUGCUGCUGCUCCUACCUUGCUUGGGGAGCCCCUGGUGGGGCCUGAACUGGAAGAGAUCCUUCGAGAGGUUGAUCUUAAUGGAGACGGACACGUGGACUUUGAUGAGUUCGUGAUGAUGCUGGCGGCCCGCUAGUCCCCCACGAUGCCCCAGAGGACAGACGAGGCCAGUGCUCUUUCCGCUCGUGACAUCAUCUGAUUUGGUGGCCCACUUCCAACCUCCCUGGGU